GCCGCCGCCCGCUCGAUACCUGCUAACACACACUACUGUUCCCGACUCGGGCUCUGGCUAUCAUGUACUGACUGCUCUACUCUGCUCUACUCCGCUCUGCUCUGUUCCUGAUCUGGUCUUGCUGCUUCCAGACUCUUGUAACCCUGUUCGUCACCGCCGCCGCCGCCGCCCCUUUAGCAUCCAUUCCUCUCCAGACUAUCCGUAUUUCGUCCCUUUUCCCCACGACCACUCGAGGAACGUACCUCGCCUCUCCGUCUCCGACUCUUUGACAAAACUCACGAUCCUCCCUUCGUCGUCGUCCUCCUUCUUCCCCUUUCACUCCCUCCUCCUCUUGCUUCUCCUUUGCCCUCACAAACCCCACAGCGUCGCACGGCGUCGCACGGCCGGCUGGCAAGCAUCAGCAUCAGCAUCAGCAGCACCAAUACCGACACCGGUACCAACGCCAACGACCAAUGCGGCGACAUCUUAUCUUCCCCAACCACAGAUAGACAACCGGACUAACCAACCUCUCCUCCCACCACCGUCAAUCCUCCUCACCCGACGCUGGGACCAGCGUCGUCUUUUCGUCCGAUCACCCCUCCUCCUCGCACCCCAAGUAAAAAGGGUCCCUUUUAACAUAAUCGGAACCAUAACCCUAACCGUAACCGCUUUCACCCGAUCCUCGAUUCUUCCCUCCUCUCCUGGCCUGUCAUCCCCUCUGCACCCCCAUCUCGGUCUCGUUCGGAUCGUUGUCUCGACAUUACUACACGAUUAGUCGACACCCUCCGUCCACCUGCCGUCCUCCGCCAUGGCUCAAUCUAACGAGCCGCGGAGGCGGUUCGCCCCCGUUCCCAUCGAGACCACCUUCGAGUCUGUUCGAAAGCACUCUCAGCAACCGGCCCAAUCGCAGCAGCAGCAGCAGACGCAGCAGCAAACACAAACCCAAUACCAAAACCACCAGCCUGGCCCGGCUCCCGAGCUCACCCCCGAGCACACCCCGCGAACCCCCUCUCCCAAUCCAUUCGAACAGCAGAUGCACCACCAACCACCACCACCACCACACUUGCACAACUUGCAUCAAUCGCAACCCCCCAGGCGUCGCUUCGCCCCCCAACUCAUCGAGAGCUCUAGGCGUGCCCGUAGAGUGGGAGACGCCGGCCCCGCCACGCGACCGACUGACAAAACCGACAUCACCCCCUACACGAACCACAUCUACCUCCAGCGUAACAAGUCGAGGCGGAAGCCGAACGAUGGCGCCUCGUCGCCUUCUUCUCUGCCCAUUCAGCGCCAGCCCAAGGGCGCGAGGCGGGAGUCGGAAGACGAGAAUGCCGGCACCUACAUGUUAGAAUGGGCCGCCAUGGAGGCUGAGCGCCAAAUGCAGGAGGCUGCCCUCGAUGCCUUUCCCAACAGUCGUCCGCGUGAGGGCGGCGCCGCCCAUUUCUACUUUCGAGAGAGCUCGGGCGACGACAGCACCCCCGAGAGCGUCUCGCCCCAACCAACCGGGCCCGGCCUUGACUCCAAGCCCCGUGCCCGUCACGCUCAUGGUCCUCGUCGGAAGUCGUCCGAGGUGGGAUAUUGGCAGAAGCAUAUGCAGCAGCACGCCGAGGUCCUGGCUGUCGCUAGAGGCGAGCAUGCCCCCGUCUUCGACGACGACGAUGAGGAUGCCCACAACGAUUCCGAGCUCGACAGGAUGGAGCUCGAUAGCCCCCCCGAAGCCAUGUGGUUGACGAACAAGAGGAAUCACACCGCCGAUCCCAGCCCUCCCAAGGGCCCGUUAGAGCCGAUUGGCGAAACAUACAUGCCGCUGAUCAGCCCUACGCCAAUCGUGACCCAAGAAGCCCGCCGACCAGACCUCCCUCCGCCGGAGCCGGUCACUAAGCCAAUUGGCGAAGCCACCAUGCCGUAUAUCCCGCCCGCUGCUGUCAGCAAGCCUGCAGAGGUCCCCAUCGCCGCACCCGCCCAGGUCGUCCCCGAAACUGGCUUCCGAAAGGCCGCUGGCGGUGGUUUCGGUAGGCCCUUUGGCAAUUUUGGACUCCCUCCCGAGACCAGCGAGUUCCGCAAGAUGCGCAAGGCUGCUUCCCCGCCAAUGCUGGGCAAGGAUCUGGUCUUCCGAAAGUGCCCUUCGCCGAAGCAGACGAAGCUCGAGCCUGACCAUCCCUUCUCGGAGGAUCCGUCUGUCGAAGAGAGAAACAGGGAUUUCACGGGGGAAGCCGGUCUGUGGAGGGGGUACUGCUUCCGAAACAGCGAGAGUGACCAGGCCAUUGUGCCCUCUCACCACCAAGGCCCCAGGAUGCUGCAAACGCCACUUCCCCAGGCUACGUCUGCCGACCCAUUUGCUGCGGCAUUCGGCAAGGGAUCCGUCACGGACGAACCUGGGUCGCACUACUCGUCCGCCACCCUCACCCCGAGCACGGUCGAGCACCGCGUCCGGUCCGGCGAGGCCAAGGGCCUGCACAUGCUCGCCGGGAUCGAUGAACGCCUGAAGCGCGAAAAGGCCUUGGAAGAAAAGAUUGCAAGCGAGUUCAACGAUACCUUUGUCACACAGGUUUACAACUAUCUUUCCUUGGGAUACCCCGCAAUGGCACGUUCUUUUGAUGAGGAGCUUUCCAAGAUUUCGCAUAUGAGCAUCGAGGAGCUCGAGGUUGAUGACGCGAAGCAGGCGGCAAGCGGUCAUCUUAUGGAGCCAGCCGAGGCCGAGAUGGCGGAAGAGAAGAGAUGCCCGAGAUGGAAGGCCCUGAAAGCCUACAUUUUCGAAUGGGCGCGGCAGCACCCGGAUCUAGACAGCCUCGACUCCCUCGCGUGGGGCGUGCGAGAAAGACGUGGUAGCUGGGCCAUCUAAUC